AUGAUGCAGCCUGGCAUCAUUUUUGUGAGCGAGGAUGCGGAGGUGGACUGGGCACCUCCUAGACUAAGUCCUGGGGGAGGUUUGCCACGUGCAGGCCUACUUGGAGAUGGUGUGGCAUCGCAGCUGGUGCCUAGCAGGGUGCUGCCGGGUGCAAUGGCACAGCCGGUUGGUCUGGGAGCCUCUGGAGGUUUGCCACGUGCAGGCCUACUUGGAGAUGGUGUGGCAUCGCAGCUGCUGCCUAGCAGGGUGCUGCCGGGUGCAAUGGCACAGCCGGUUGGUGUGGGAGCCCUUUGGGGUGGACGUAGCAGAAGCCCAGCUCGGACGGCAGAUGGUGACUCGUUGCCGUAUCUGUUUCCUGAGACUUCUGACUCUAUCGUGACCCCGGUGAAGCCGAUCCAGCGUCGUCAGCCUUUCAGCCCGAGUGCUCUGCCUGAGGAAUCGGAAGACUCGCAGACUCCUUUGGCUCGGGAUUCCUUGAACCGAUCGGCUGAGCACCUGGACUUGCCAAGCCUUGCCAACGACAAGAGCGGAGCAAGCGGCCCUGUGAGCCAAGACAACGAGAACACACAGUACUACGGUGACGGUGAGGAUCGGAUAUUUGCCACCGUGCGUGUGGACCUUCGUUCCCCCGAGACCUCCAAGAAGAGUGAGAAGGUGGCCCUUGAGAACUCGGAGGAAAAGGCGAUCGGAGCCAAUGACCCUGAGAUCGACGACUUGGCAAGCUUUGCCCAAGACGAGAGCGGAGCAAGCGGCCCUGUGAGCCAAGACUUGGCAAUCCAUGCAGAAAAGGCGAUCGGAGCCAAUGACCCGGAGAGCGACGGCUUGGCAAGCUUCGCCCAAGACGAGAGCACUUUUGAGGGUCCAGCCUUCGCAAGCUUGGCGACAGUUGCAGAGCACCCUCAGAGUGACGGCUUGGCAAGUGUUGCCGAAGACAGUGACAACACGACCACCGAGCUGGACCUCCGGCCCAGCAUGCUCGUGUUCCCCUCAAAGUCCAGUGAUUCUUUGGGCGAUUAUGGCGAUUACCAUGGUUUGGCGGCAGAGGAUGAGCACGGCGUGCUUCAGGCAAUACCAGGAGAUCUACCUGGCACUGUCAAGGAGCCUGCAGCUCCGUCGGAUGCAGCGCAGCCAGAGGCAAUGCCGGGACAAGCAGAGCUAGCAGACCCUCCCAGUCAUGACUCGAAGUCGCUGGCCCCGGAGCCGCCGAGCAAGAAAGCGAAGGGCCUGUCUGCCGAAGCAAAGUUCUUAGCUUCGGCAACGGCAGCGGAGCUGAAAGAGCUGGACGAGACCUAUCCCACUGGCUCGAGGGUGACACCUGAGAUGAGCCCUGGCAAGGUCUUGAAGCUGAAGUCAUUGCGGGUUUACAGGAAACGCCAGUUGUCAGUCGACUGGCACAAGAACUUCCAAUCCAAAGGUGUGCCCAAGGCUACAGCGGAGACCGAAGCCCUGGAGGCGCCUCCAGCCGAGAAGCUAGGGGCGACGGCGAAAAGCAAGGCAUCUGCCAAAUCCUCAGCACCUCCAGCCAAGAAGCUAGGGGCGACGGCGAAAAGCAAGGCAUCUGCCAAAUCUUCAGCAAAGGCGAAGGCCAAAAUGGCAUCGGCAAAGGAAGAUGAGAGUGCGGCUGCGGGCAACCUGCGGGCUGCCAAGGACCCCGAGUAUUGUUUGCUGUUUUUGUAA